AUGUGUCUGGUUGUAUUAUUGUCAGUGCUUGCUUACGCAAGUUCAACUCUUGGAGUACCUGAGUUGUUGGGAAGAUGUUCUGUGCGCGCGUGCACAGAGGCAGGCUGGGUGUGUGGGGCCCGGCGGGUGACUGAUGAUGGACUCGAGUAUGCCAGCUUCCGUGGGGUGCCCUAUGCAAAGCAGCCUAUAGGGGAACUUAGGUUUAAGGAGCUGGAACCGUUGGAGCCAUGGAGUUACUGGUACGACGCGACAGUUGAAGGCCCAAUCUGUCCACAACGCGACGUGUUGUACGGACGGAUAAUGCAACCGAGGGGCAUGAGCGAAUCCUGUAUCCACGCGAACAUUCAUGUACCACUCGACGCCUUGCCGGUCUACCAGAAACAGAUGACCAGUUUGGAGUCUCCGCAUCAGGCUGGCAUCGAUUCUGACGAGAACGUCACAGAGAGUGGACUGCCUGUGGUGGUGUUCAUCCAUGGAGGAGGAUUCGCGUUUGGGUCUGGUGAUAGCGACCUGCAUGGUCCUGAAUACUUGGUCGGCAAGCGGGUUAUUGUGAUAAGCUUUAACUACAGAUUGAAUGUAUUCGGUUUCUUAUCCCUGAACACUACCAGCAUCCCUGGCAACAAUGGCCUCCGAGACAUGAUAACCCUGCUGCGGUGGGUGAAGACGAACGUGAAAUCUUUCGGUGGGAACCCCAACAACGUGACAUUGGCGGGACAGAGCGCGGGAGCCGCUAGCGCUCAUCUACUUUCAAUGUCCGAUGCGGCAAAAGGAUUGUUCAAUAGGGUAUGGUUAAUGAGUGGCGUGGGUUCAACAAACUUCUUCACAACUUCUCCAGCGUAUGCUCAGUUCGUGGCCAAUAUUCUGCUGGGAGUUUUGGGUAUCAACUCUACAGACCCCGAGGACGUACAUCAGCAACUAAUCAACACUCCAAUUGAUAAAAUCGUUGAAGCAAAUGCUUAUAUACUUGACUUAAUUGGCGCGACUACAUUCGUACCAGUUGUUGAAUCACUACCAGGGGUGACCGCAAUUCUAACUGACGACCCAGAGAUCCUUGUAACUAAAGGUCAUGGAAAAGAUUAUCCCAUAGUUAUAGGAUUCACUGAUGUCGAAUGUGAAACAUUUAGACCUAGAUUUGAACAGGUAGACAUUAUAUCCCAGAUAAAAGUUACACCAACUUUGGUGGUUCCUCUACAAUUGAUUUACACAAUGCCUCCGAAUGUUGUACAAAGUGUAUCAGAUGCGAUCCAUGACCGAUAUUUCAACGGUACUGUAGAUAUGGACGGUUUCGUGAGAUUAUGUUCUGACAGUAAUUUCAUAUACCCUGCAAUCAAGUUAGCCACAACCAGAGCCGCUUUGGAUGGAGCUCCCGUGUUUCUCUACCAGUUUUCGUAUAACAACGACCACAGUGUCAUAAAACAAGGCCUUGAUAUAAGUUUUAAAGGUGCAGGGCACAUAGAAGAUUUGACUUACAUUUUCCGUUCUAAUUCAAUUUUAGGCAGAGAUAGCAUAUUUUCCAAAGAUUACCAAGAGCCUAUGAAGGAUUGGAUGACAAUGUUCUUUACGAACUUCGUAUAUUCGAGUCAGCCAUCAAAUAGCGGAUAUGGUGAUGACACGUGGCCAACAUUGAACAAUGGCGAACUGCGGUAUCAAAACAUAGUUACACCUGGUAUUUAUAACUACAAAAAUGCUACAGAAAAACAGCUAGCUAUGAAGAGGUUCUUCGAUUCUCUAGUGAAGAAUAACAAGAGAACGUGAAAGAGACAAUGACUACAAUAUGGAUUCAAAUUGAAAAGUUUGAUUCGGUAGAACAUUACACUGUUAUAAUUUAUAGGAUCAUAUGUAUAUAUUUAAUAAUAGUAUAAUAGAUACUAAAAUGAUCUCACUAUAUAAUGAUUAAGUUAUGUACAAUUAUCUAUUAAUUCUUAUUUGAGCGUCUUACACAAGCUUAAAGCCUUUAAAUUGAUCCAAACGCAAUCUAUGAUCCUAUACAUUUAAUAGUGAAAUAUACUCCAAAGUGUGUUGUGAUAGAUCAUUUACAAUAAGUGAAACUAAGGUAUCUAGAAAGCUGAUUUAAAAGGGAUAGAAUCGUAAUCAGGUCUGAAAAAAAUACCAAGUGAUAUUUCUUAAUUUGUCGAUACAGAAUUGUUAAUAAAUUUCAUAUAAACAUUCGACAAUGCUAUAAAUGUAAAUAUUAUGCCAUGCAGAGAAAUAGAAACUGUAUUAUAAUACAAUGAAGAUAUUGAAUAUGACUGUGGAUGGACAUAAAGGGAAGGGACAACAUAAGAAAAGAUGGAUAGUGUGUGAAAGAUUAGCACAAAGGGAAGCACGCUUAGAUAUGACGGACUCAGCAUCAGCGGAAGACCACAAUACGCCGAUCCCAAAUAAUGGGACAAAGUUAAAGCAAAGAUGAUAAAUGGUAAUAUAAGAAAACUAAAAUCGAAACUACACGGUUCCAAUUCAAUUAAAAGUUACUCUACAGACAAUCUAUAGACUGAUGAUGUACUGCAAUUUCAGAAUAAUUUCAGAAUGAAAUUGCAAAACCAUUUGAAACUGUUAUAAUUUCGUUUAAGCAAUUGUAUUACUAAGUUUAGUGCUAAAAUUAGAUUAGUUAUAGGGUGAAGGUGUCAAUUAACUAAUGGACGUCGCUGUAAGCUUAUGGAAACCAUCAUUAAGUACAACAAAAGUGGUGUGGGUCAGUGUAUAAAUAUAUUUGGGAUCAUUGAUUAAAUUUGUCCAUCACAAUCUGGGCACUGUUACUGACAAUUACUGUCAAGUGUGUUGUCAAAACUAAUAUAAAGUGGUAACGGUACGGUAACCGUUUACCAUCAGAUGAGUAGUAUCUUUGCCAGCGUAGAAUAGAAAAUCAUUUAU